AUGGAAGACGCUUCUGGUUAUCAGCAGCGUGAAGACGGACACGACGAGACGAGCCACCCGGGACUAGACGCUAACCACGCUGCACAGGGUGAAGGCCAUGGAGAUUACACACUUCCCGACAUCCUCAAGCCCAUCCCAACGGGUUUUCCGGUUCGGGCCGGGCGUCUGCGACCACCCAAGUUCCGUAUCGCAAAUCCCGAUCUGCCCGACACUGUGACCAUGCUGGAACACCCUCCGUCCGGUGGGCGAGUUUAUCUUGUCGGAACCGUGCAUAAUGCAGAUAAAAGUCAGGAGGACGUCGGUUUGACGAUUCGGAUGGUCAGGCCGGAUUCGGUGCUGCUGGAACUGUGUUUAGAACGGCAACGCAUUUUAACUAUGCCGAGCGAAGAUGCAGUAAAGGUUAUACUGAGUGAAGAAUGGUAUUCCAAAGAUAACUGGAAGUUGUUGGGACGACGUGUCGGUUGGCCAAAGACCAUCCUGGCGUUUCUCGUGCAAAGGUCAGCAGCACUCUACUUGAAAAAUUUUGGACUUCCGCUGGAAAAAGCUUCGGACAUGCGGGCUGCCUACAUGGAAGUGAUGACUCUCUCCGACUGCACGCUAUACCUCGGUGAUCGGCCGCGGAGCAUCACGCGGCAGCGGAUCCGCGCCGCACCGCUGCGGGAAAGACUCUGGCUGCUCCGGAUGAAGAUCCGGGCUAAGCGUACCGGUAUGGAAGCCUUCUGGCAGAUAAAUGCGGAGACACGGCGCGCGCUCAUGCAGGCAGAGAAGGAAAAAUUCGCGACGGCUUGCCCCACGGUGUACCGUGUGCUCGUGCAGGAGCGGGAUGUCUGGUUGACGGAGGCGCUGAAGCGGUCGGUGUCGCAGCCGCUGAUGACGACGGCGGGUCCACGCGGACGUGUGGCGGUGGGGGUGGUGGGCAUGGCCCAUGUGGCCGGCAUCCACCGGGCCUGGAACGGUCCCCGGCCGUCGUCGGACGCCCUUAGGAAGCUGGCGGAGGUGCCGCCAGCGUCGAAACUGCUGGUAUUUGCGCCCGGCAUUCUUGCCCUGUCGUCGCUGUAUCGUGGUGGGAGACUUCUCUUCAGUCGACUGCGUGCACUCGGCAGAAACUGA